AUGUCCCCUACGUGGGCUUCUGAACACCUCCUACGCGAAAGUACACCUACGCUUUUGGACGACACUGGCAGCUCCUUUUCACGCGAAAGCUCUCCACCCGCUACAUCUAUCUCCGCACUCAGCCGUGCACCAUCUAUAUAUCUUGGUGACGACUCCAAGCAUAUCUCCAUCGGCGACCGCACGAGAGUCGGGGGUGUUGAGCCAGAUGCGGUGGACCCGUCGCUAGAACAUGUCUCCCGACCAUUGAAAUGGAAGCGAUGUGCGGACAUAAGCACUGAUGACGUCCGCGCAAAGAGAGCGCGGACGUCUGGCACUUCGAGCGACGAAAGCAUAGCUGACGACAGCGCCUCAUUGGGUCUUGGGCAUAUACUCGUCCGUGAGUGUACGAGUAUCAGGGUUGCCGAACUAGACGACGUUCACGCGUUCUCCCCCCAUAUUGACCUUCACGCGCCGCUUGCGGCCAUCGCUCGCCCCCCAAAGCGAAGACGAUGCGCAAACACGUCGCGCGACGAGGUCCGUGCUACAAGAAGGCGAUUGUCUGACAGUCCGAGCAAUGUGUCGAAGAUCAAGGAUAGCGUUCCUUUCGGACCUCACCCGAAGUGCAUGAUCACCAGCUGCGUAUCUGCUGAUGUAGAGGGGUGCUAUAUCUAG